CGAAAAACUUCGUAAAUCUGCUAAACCAGACCAGGCCAGCACAUUCGAAUCUAUCGAUAUUGUAUUGAUGGCGAUGAGAGAAGUGGCAAUAGGCGAAGAUUACUAAACAACAAAUUUUAAUUGGGGAUUAACUUUUACUGGUGAACGGUCGAACGAUUACAUCUCGUCUAACCAACAAUAAUGAGUGAAUCAUCGAUGGCUGCAGCGGCAGCAGAAGUGAUGAUUUACAAUGAAACCCAUAGGAAAUGGCAAGCUCCAGAUGGGGCUGAAGGUCAGCUCUCAAGUAUCCAGAUUUUACAUAAUGCUGCCCGGCAAACUUUCCGAAUUAUUGCCAUUAGGGAACAGGAUGGUGCUUGGGUACUGAACUGUAAUAUUCAUCAUAAACUCAAGUAUCACACGGCUACGCCUACCUUCCAUCAAUGGAGAGAUGAAAAGCGACAGGUGUAUGGCCUAAACUUCUCAUCAGAAAAAGAAGCACGAGACUUUGUCUCAGCUGUAGGACAAGCGAUCGACUAUCUCAAUCAUCAAUUUGUACAUGGUGGAGAAUAUCAGAUUCCAAAUGACAACGUCUAUCAAGAUCCACAUCAGCAUAUGAUGUCACAUAUCCAGUCAGCACCAUCGUUUCGGGACCAAGAAGAUGGUGGAGCCGCCGGCCACGCCCCGAUGACUCCCAUGCAUCCCGGAUUUAGGAAAGCGUCUCACAGCAUCCAGGGCAGUCUAUCGAUCUCUCAGCAACAAAGGCGUUCUUCACAAGGAUCUAGUUCUUCCUCGAAUGGUCCCUGUAAUAUUUAUGGGCAGCAACAAUCUGCAAGCCCAUCGCGAGUCGCGCCCGGACCACCCGCGGCACCACCCGCACCACCUGCACCACCAGCUACACCGUCUUCUUGUCCACCGCCUGCACCACCACUUCCUCCCACCAGUGGAGCUCCUCCACCUCCGCCACCGCCGCCACCGAAUCUUCUGAAGAGUUCAAGCUCGAAGGGCCCAAGCUUGGUUGAUCAGUUGAAAGGAGCACAUCUGAAGAAAACUGGUGGUGUUAGGGAAAAUCGUUCAGUUUCGAUUGCAGAGACCACUUCAGUGACUAGCGCUCAUGGAUCAGUUGCCGGCUCAUCUCAUGGUGACUUACUUUCCGAACUGGCUGCCACAUUCAAUCGAAAGAAGAUUAGCCAAGCCAAGGCAGACGCCGUUGAUUCGAAAUCGAAUGCCAGCAAUGGCUCAUCGGAUAGCGGAUGCGGCACAAUACCACCAGUUAAUGGAUUUGCAGCCCCAGCCAGUGUCGGAAAUGUGACGAGAAAAUGGGAACCCGUGAAAACGAACGGAAAUACGGAAAGCCCAAAGACACAUAGGAAAAUUCCCUCUGGCUCUUCGAUUUCAUCGCAAGAGGAUACGGUAAAAACGAACGGAAUAGCGGCAAGCGGUACACCUAUCACUCAGGAGUACCUGGAAAGGUUCAAAGCAGAACUUAUGGUGGAAGUACGUCUUGAAAUCAACAAAGCAAAGCAGGACAUCAUUGAAGCCUUCCGAGCAGAACUCGCUCGUCGAUAGGCUUCUGUAGAACCCCGAAGUUCUGGCAAUAUGUAGAGACAUCGAAAAUAACGCGCAAUCUCAACAAUAAUCGCAUUUUUUUCUUCUUUGCGCAUUGGUGUAUGACGCGGUGCUGUUUGUUUCGUAGUUUGUGUUUGUGUCUUUGUAAAAUCUAAGUUACUAGAAUGUGUCGUACAUGACCUUAGCCUGAACAUAAGCAAGUGUAGAGCUGCUUUCAAGCGUCCCUUAAUCUUCUCAAGUUUUUCCCUUUUUAGUGAGUAAUGCUUUAAUUCAUGAUUCCUUCCCCAAAUUGGGGCAUUAUUUCAUGUGUGGAUUUCUUGAAAGCUGGAGAGAUCUGAAACCCCACGACCUGUUUAUGAAGCUGUAUCCUCCUAAUAAUGUGGCCUGUGAAAAUGAUGGAUACUGCCAUAGUACCAAGAGGAAAUGAUUUUGAUUUCACAAUAACAUAGUCUUGAAUAUAUCUAUAUUCUAUUCGUGAAUUUUCUGGCGGACUGCCAAAAAUUUAUUGCUUUCUGUUAUUUUCUUGUAGCUAAAUGCGC